UUGAGAACCAGUGCAGGGAAACGAGGGCUUCGGCUCCUCCUAGUGCUGCGUCUUCAUUCAGGGACUCUUUUUUUUGCCAGAGCACCCUCCCCUCCGCCCCAGCGAUGAUCCCAUACAGGGCUUGGAGGGAGUGAUGAGCAUUAGUAGCAUCCAGUUCAACUGUUCAUCCAGUUUUGCCUUGGGAGAAGGUUAAGGGGAGGCCACUUUUGACCCAGUCGGAGGCUUCUUGAAGCACAGAUCAAAGAUGCAUGAAGCUGGAAGAAGCCCCCAUACCAUCCAGGAGGAAAACAAUGUGGAAUUGCGUGAAAGAAAGAGGCAGAAGGUUCUGGAUGAGAACACUGCUAGCUCAGAUGUACAGCGCCAGCGCUUCAGGCAGUUCUGCUACCAGGAGGCGGAGGGCCCCCGAGAGGUUUGCACCCGACUCCACCUUCUUUGCCAGCAGUGGCUGAAGCCAGAAAGACACACCAAGGCUCAGAUCCUGGACCUGGUGAUCCUGGAGCAGUUCUUGGCCAUCCUUCCCCCAAAAUUGGAGAUCCAGGUGAGGAAAAGUGGAGCGGAGACCAGUUCCCAGGCGGUGGCCCUGGCCGAAGGCUUCCUCUUGAGCCAAGCAGAGGAGAAAAGGCAGGAAGAGCAGAAGGUAAGAGCACUUCCUCCUGGUGUAUGUGAAGCAGGGUUGGGGAGGAUCUGGCCUUAUACCUCAGUGGGUUUGGGGGGAAAUAUGCCCUCACUCCCAGAGAUGCUGAACUCUUCCUCUGAGAGGUCAAUGAUGUGAGGGAGAGUGCUUUACAACUCUGUACCAGUUGCCAGAGGACAGAUAUCCCCAUGGCCCUUAUGUCUGAACUUUAUCUGCUGUGUUUUUUCACUAUUUUCCCUCCGGUUCCUUCCCCAAAUUCAUGUCUUCUACUCUCACCUGCUGCAGCCGAUCCAAACUCUUUCAAUGGAAGCUCAGUGCGAUUUCCUUGAAGUAGAGAAGAUGCCGUCAGGCAGCAGACAGAGUAUGCUCCCAAGUGGCGAUGAAGGUGCUUCUUUGGAGGGUAAGGAUUCAUGGUGGGAAGGGACACUUGUUUAAAGCUGAUCAGUUUCUUUGAAGCAUGCAGAAAUCCUUAAUUUUGGUGCAGGGAUGGAAAUUUCUUGG